AUGUUAACCGUGGAGAAAGACGUCUCAGCUUUGAUGAAGAGUCAGCCCCCAUUGACUCUUUUGUUGCCAUUGCAGCAACGGCAACAGCGCACCCCUGUGCCCAAGUUUGGCAAUUGGGAGGGUGAAGAGAACGUUCCCUACACAGUUUAUUUCGAUAAGGCCCGUCAGGGUCGUGCCGGAGCAAAGAUUGUAAACCCAAAUGAUCCCCAAGAGAGCCCGGACUUGCAUCAAGAUUUUGUAGCUCCAACUACGGCUAAUCCUGUUUCGAGAGCAAAACCGGAAGUGGAUGAGCCGGUAGGUCAAGGACCUGCUAGAAGGGUACAUGAACGCCGAAGGAGCAGGGAAGAAGGUUACCUCAAGCAAUAUGCUGAUUCCCCGACACGACAUGACAAUGUCAACCGCAGACCCUCUGGGGACAGUACUCCUUCACGCUAUGGUCAUGGAGUAAGCUCCGGCGAAGCACCAAAACGCCCUACAAGAUCAAGUAUUGGAUCUGAAAACAGCCUAGAGAAAUCACCUCUUCAUCACCAGGCACGAGGAACGGGGAGAGGUAGCAUGGCAUCGCCUGCAUGGGAAGGAAAAAUUUUGUACGAUAGUAGCCACGGUACUCCCGGGAGAUCCAGACUCAGGCCAAGUGCUAGAGACGAUGAAAGUCCCGAUAAAAGUGCAGCUGUUCCGAAGUUUGGUGACUGGGAUGAGAGUAAUCCGGCAUCAGCUGAUGGCUAUACUCACAUUUUUAACAAGGUGCGAGAAGAAAGGAACAAUGGGGGUAGGGUACCAGGCAUGCCGGGUGAUCAAUCCCCGUACAACAAUGCUCGGAAUCGGAAGACAACUAACAGCAAUGCCGUUAAGAGUUGCUGCCUUCCAUGGUGCAGGAAAUGAGGGAUGGGAAAAAGUUGUGGAUUUGUUGUGAGUUGUGUGGGAUGGAUACUGUAAAUACAUCGAAGUCUCCUUCCGAGCAGAGUAAUUCAACUGAAUUGCGGCUAUUAU